AUGCCCCCCGAGAUGAGGGAGAAGUCCAUGCCACAUACCAUGGCGCCCUCCGAAUCCACACCCCUUCUGCAGGUGGUCAGCGUCGCUCCCCAGCGGCACCGGUACCCCCACCACAAGCUACGACAGUUCUGUAGCUUCACUCUCGGAACGCUGCUGGUGAUCUCUCUGUUCUUGUUCCUCCUUCCCACGGCUGUCUUUCCACGGGAGCAUGGCUCCAUCUGGUCUUAUCUCCCUGGAGCGCGUCCGUUUCCCCAUAAAGCUUGGCCCCAGGGUCACGGCCUCAAAUAUGAGGAGCUGCAGGCAAUUCUUCAGACGACUCCGUCCGCGGAGAAAGCACGGGAAUGGAGCAGCUACUAUACGGCGGGCCCUCAUCUCGCCGGCAAAAACCUGAGCCAGGCGAUCUGGACCGAGGAGCGCUGGCAAGAGUUUGGCAUCCAGGACACUGAAAUUGUGGCCUACGAUGUCUACAUCAACUACCCUCUGGACCACCGCCUGGCUCUGCUAAAGAAGUCCAAGGACCAGACUGAAGUUACGUUCGAGGCUACCCUAGAAGAAGACGUCCUAGAAGAGGAUGGCACCAGUGGUCUGCCUGACCGCGUGCCUACUUUCCAUGGCUAUUCGGCCAGUGGAAAUGUCACUGCUCCAUUCGUCUACGUCAACUACGGCUCUUAUCAGGAUUACCAAGAUUUGGUUGAUGCCAAUGUUAGUCUUGCUGGCAAGAUUGCGAUCGCCAAGUAUGGCCACAUCUUCCGGGGCCUGAAGGUGAAGCGCGCACAGGAGCUGGACAUGGUGGGUGUGAUCCUGUAUGAUGACCCGGAGGACGAUGGUGAGGUUACAGAGGAAAACGGAUACAAGCCGUACCCCGAUGGUCCGGCCCGGAAUCCUAGUGCUGUGCAACGGGGUAGCACCCAAUUCCUGAGCUUUGCACCCGGCGAUCCUACCACACCUGGUUGGCCAUCCAAGCCCGGAUGUGACCGUAAGGACCCUAGUGAUGCAAUCCCAUCCAUUCCUUCGAUUCCAAUCUCAUACAAGGAGGCCAUACCCUUUUUGAAGGCUCUUAAUGGACAUGGUCCCAAAGCAGCGGACUUCCCUAAGGGAUGGCAAGGCGGAAAACUUGGCAGCAAGGGCGUUGAAUAUAACAUUGGUCCUUCACCAGAUGAUGUGGUAAUCAACCUGGACAAUCAACAAGAAUACGUUACUACCCCCCUGUGGAACGUCAUUGGCACCAUCAAGGGUGCUAUUCCAGACGAGGUGGUCAUUCUGGGCAACCACCGGGAUGCUUGGAUCGCUGGUGGUGCUGGAGACCCGAACAGUGGCUCCGCUGUCCUCAAUGAAGUGAUCCGCAGCUUUGGCGAAGCUCUUAAGGCAGGGUGGAAGCCAUUACGCACAAUCGUCUUUGCCAGCUGGGACGGAGAAGAGUAUGGGCUGCUAGGAUCAACAGAAUGGGUGGAAGACAAGCUUCCUUGGCUUUCCAAAGCCAACGUUGCUUAUCUCAAUGUUGACGUGGCUGCCGCUGGAACUGUCCUUGGCCCUCGGGCGGCCCCGCUCCUGAACAGUUUAAUCUAUGAGGUUACUAGCCUCGUCCAGUCUCCCAACCAGACUGUUGAAGGCCAAACGGUUCGCGAUGUCUGGGAUGGCUACAUCGCAACCAUGGGUAGCGGUAGUGACUUCACUGCUUUCCAGGACUUUGCGGGCGUGGCCAGCCUUGACCUGGGCUUCGGCCGUGGCCCCAAGGACCCCGUAUACCACUACCACUCCAACUAUGACAGCUUCGACUGGAUGGAUCGAUUUGGUGACCCUAGUUGGCUCUACCAUGAAGCCUGCACUAAGCUCUGGUCUCUGGCGGCCGCCAAGCUGGUCGAGGCCCCUGUACUGUCAUUUAGUGCGUCUGACUAUAGUACUGGUCUCGGUCAAUAUUUGGAGAAGAUCAAGCCCGGUGCAAAGAAAUUGCCUGGCGGCGAAUUUGACUUUGGGUCUCUGGACAGAGCAGUCGCCGAGUUCCAGGCUACGGCUAAGAAAUUUGACGCCUAUGCCGCUGACUUGACCGCCCAGCUGGAUGAAGAUCUUCCCUGGUAUUUGUGGUGGAAGAAGGUUAGGCUCUAUUUCCAGAUCCGCGUGGUGAACGACAAGUACAAGGCCCUUGAACGGGCUUUCUUGUACGAACCCGGACUUGAUGGGCGCCACUGGUUCAAACAUGUGGUGUUUGCGCCCGGCCUGUGGACCGGAUAUGCGGGUGCGACGUACCCUGGCUUGGUGGAGAGUUUUGAUGCCGGUGAUGCGGCAAAUGCCCAGAAAUGGCGCUCUAUCAUUGUGGAUCGCCUGGAAGCCGCUACGAAACCGGAGAUGAUCGAAUAUGUAGGCGUCCCGAAGAAUGAGGUCGCCAAAUGGGUCGGCAUCUCAUCCGCCGCCACGUCCAUCAGUCAGGCUAUCAUGGCUGUAACUUGGGGCACUGCCUCGGACCACUUCGGUCGCAAGCCGAUCAUCCUGUUGGGGUUGACCUGCACCAUGAUUAUUUCUUUGUUAUUCGGUUUCUCGCAAACCCUGGCAUGGAUAGUGGUCACCCGCGCACUGCUCGGGCUCAUGAACGGUAACGUUGGCAUUAUCCGUACGAUGGUAGCCGAAAUGGUCCCAGAGAAGGAGCUGCAGCCCCGCGCCUUUAGCGUCAUGCCUCUGGUGUGGACUAUUGGUACUAUCUUUGGCCCUGCUUUCGGAGGCGCCCUAGCACAUCCGGUAGAGAAGCACCCGGGUAUCUUUGGCAACUCGGAGUUUCUAAAGAGGAAUCCUUUCAUUUUACCUAACAUAGCGUCUGCCAUCCUCUUUAUCAUUGGUAUUGCGACGGGGUUCUUGUUCUUACAUGAAACGCUGGCGACGAAGAAGGACCACCGCGACUAUGGCUUGGUAUUGGGCAAAAUGCUGACCAGUUGCAGUACUUCACGAGAGGAGAAAGCGCGGUACACAGGGCAGGACGAUGAGAACACCCCUUUGCUGGGUGGGAACCCGCCCCAGCGGAAGAAAGCCCCGGUCAAACAACCGAGUUGGAAGGAAGUGUUCUCGCCGCAGUCCAGACUGGUACUCAUAGCGUAUGCCUUGAUGGCACUGCACACGAUGGCAUUCGACUCACUUCUCCCAGUGUUCCUGCAUACUCCUGUCCAGCAAAUCCAUGAUAAUCCGGAUGUGCAUCUGCCAUUCAAAUUCAUAGGAGGGUUUGGCGUCGAUUCCCAAACGAUUGGCUUAUAUUAUACUCUUAUUGGAAUCAUCGGGAUGUUUCUACAAUUCCUAGUCUUCCCAAGCGCCGCCAAGCGAUUUGGUGUCCUCAAUUGCUUGAAGGCCAUGGUCCUCGUAUUCCCCAUUAUUUACUUUGUAACCCCGUUCACUGCUUUGGUACCGGAGUCUCUGCGUCACGUAACAGUCUUCCUCCUCAUGCUCUCAAAGCUCGCCGCGUCCAUCUUCGGCUUCCCCUGCAUUACGAUCCUGCUGACCAACUCAGCCGCCAGCCUAACCGUGCUGGGGACCCUGAACGGAGUUGCCACGAGUGUCAGCGCCGUGGGACGAGCCGCCGGGCCCGCCAUCUGCGGUGCAGCAUUCACAUUCGGCGUGAAGCAAGGAUACAUCAUCUUUCCUUGGUGGAUCCUCGCCAUUUUCGGUGCUUUGAGCGCUCUCCCCAUAUAUUGGACCGUUGAACCGGAUGGAUUCCAGGGCGACGACGCUGAUGAGGAGGACGAACCACAGGAAACUGACUACGGGGCAGCUGAUCACCGCCAGUCCCCUGAGGCCAGGACAAGCCACUAA